UGUGCGCGUGCGCCCUUACUGCACACACGCUCUCUGUCUGUGUGCUCUCCAUGGUACUCAUAUUCUCUUUUGCCGGUCCUACGUGCCUGAUUGUGGUUGACUACCGACACCGUCAUGCUUACUGUUCUGUUGGUAAUAUUGCUAUUACUACUGUGAAACAACAGCUGCGUAAUACGAGCAUCUGAUCAUCUCUGUGCGCUGCUAGCGCCUGUAUGCUCUUGCAAUUUAACUGUUAUCUUUGCAUUGUCAGGCGCACACUCUCACCGUGCGAUCUUCCCUGCACUUCUCCUCCACUGUUAACAGAAUGGUCAUUCUGCCUUCUUACAGUGGCACUCAGGUGUUUAUAUGGGCAUGAUUGCACCUGCUUCUCAGGCAAGGCCUGAUACAGGAGAGAGGAUGUUGUUUGGGAUGCUAUUAUGGGGUAUGUUGGCAAGCUGAGGUGUGUUUUAAUGCUCCUGGGCAGCAGUGUGCCAACAGGGUAUUGACUACACCCAGCUGCGCUUUUCUCCCAAUAACGACAGCUCUUAGAGGGCAAAGCCUAUAUGAAAUAGAACGAUGGUUACUAUGAAUAUAGGCAUAGCCCUCUAAGCUGGCAGCUCUGCUAACUCCACCCCUGCCAGCUGAAGAAAAAGUGCUAGCGUAGGGAGCCGAUCAGAGGUCACAGUGGCAUUUAUGCCAUCACAGUGGACCUGUUUGGGGAUAGCCCAGUGCAGGGCACAGGGCGCGAAAGAAUCUCUUCAGGACUGCGCAUGCGUGAGGGGCUUUAAAGGCUCAUGGAUAUGAGCGUUUGGUUCUUCAGGUUGGAAGAGGAUCACUUCUUCCAACUGUGGACAGCUGUCUGCACAUCAGACUGGAGGCUUUUCGAUUCAAAGACUCUAUAGCAGAGGACAUGAAGCAGGCUGACCUUAUCAUCAGCCAUGCAGGAGCAGGAAGUUGUUUGGAGGCGCUCGGUGCAGGCAAACCUCUGCUGGUCGUUGUCAAUGACAAGCUAAUGGACAACCACCAACUGGAGCUGGCUGCACAGCUGCACAUGGACUCCCACUUGUUGUACUGCACAUGCAGCACAUUGAUACAAACACUGAGGAGCAUGGAUCUCUCUGCGCUUCAGCCUUUCCUCCCUGGGCAGCCAAGGAAAUUUGCAACCUUUCUAGACAAAGCCCUCGGUGUUCGGUGAAACUUUUAGUUUCAGUGUUGAUUUUUGUCAAACUGAAGAGUAAUGACUUUGAGAAUAUCAUAUUGUAGUAGAUUACAAUAGUUAUACAGGACACAAUAGACAUUGAUGAGCAUUUCUAAACACAUUUUAUAUUUUUGUAUUGAAAAAUAUAAUACAUGUGUAAUUUGAAAUCCUGUACAAGGUGUACAUGUACAAGGCAAUGAAAUGUAUUUAUUUAUUCUAGAUUUUGUUUUAUGCAAAGCAAGAGGGGAAAAACAUUUACCAAUCUGGGGUGAUCGAAUCAGAUAAUGCAUACAGUUGAAGGCAUAGUUGCACUUUGAGAUAGAAUAAUGGCUGUGUUGACCUAUAUAAUCCACAAGCAUCAGGUUUUCUCAGUGAAUUUCAUUCUUACCACAGUGCACCAUAAGUGACUGUGCUGUUGACAUAUAUAUAUAUAUUUUUUUUUUUAUUCAUUGUCACUUGUAAUUUUUAAAUAUUCUUGUAAUCGAUGCAUUUUGUCAGUGUCCGUGACACAGUCUGGCGAAGUCUCGGUAGGACACUCUGGGCUGUGGCCAAACACAUGCUGGAGAAACACUAAAUAGAGGUCAUGCUAUAUAUUUCACUGAAGGUUAAAAUCUGAACAGUCUUAACUUUCACUGUACAUGGAUUUAUGAAUACACAUGUAUGUGACAUCCUUCUAAUAUCCAUUUCAUGUAAAUGGUGCUGAUUUGCAGAGGCACUAAAGGAAUUUGCUGCAUCACAGUGAAGCUAGUUGUACCAAUUCUUGCCACAAGGAUGAGAUGAUGUGACCUUGUCCUCCCAGCACAUAGUGGAGUGUGCACCCAGCACUUCAUAUUGUCCCUGGUGCAGUCUUACCAAGUCCCAUUGUUUAAAUUCCAAGUAAAAUCUGUCCCCCUCUUUUAGCAUUUAUAAGCAGUGUAUAAAUAUUUCAUAAAGGUGUACAACACAUGAUAUUGUGGUUUUAUACAGCUACAGUAUAAGGACAUUUAAUGUUUAUUUAUAUACAGUAUUUACAAUUUUUACUUCAUGUAUGAAGAUGGUAUUUUGAGUUAUUGCCUGUGUGUCUUACUGUAAUGUAAUUUCUAAUCUGUUUAUACACCAGCCACCUACAGGAUGAGUUAUAGCUGUUGCUAGAUAAAUUUUUUAUGCACUGAUUAAAUGCUAAAUAAAGGACUUAAAAAUAAAACGUUGCCUCAAAUAACUCAGCAUGCCAUGGCUACCUUUUUAUACUACAGUAUUAUUACUACAACCUGUCUGUGUAUCUCUGCAGACCAGCAGGAGAGAAGAUGCAUUUUAAAAUAUUUUGUCAGCUCUGAUACAUCUGCUACAAUGACCAGUGUAUGAGAGGCUGCCAUAAAUCAUCUAACAUACAGCAGAGAAGUAUUUGAACAGCCUGGGGCUGACAUUUUAAGAGAUGUUGGGUGUGUUUUUUGUUUGUUUUGUUUUGUUUUGUUUUUUAUUCAGUGUUGUCCAGCUGGUGUGGAGUGACAUUUAGGUCAUUUCAGUAAAGUCCUGGGAAAACUGCAUUAAAAAGAGCUUAUUGACAAUGUACAGUUUACAAAAAUUGAUGUUGGUCUGACACCGUUGAGUCAUUUCUUUGCAUUAGUUUCUUCACAAGCAGGAGACUUGUUAAAACAGGAAGUGAUAGGUGGAAGACAGCACGUAGUCUAGUUCAGCUGUUCAUACUCGGAUUAGUGUUUAGAGUCUAUUCUAUUACAAAAGCUGAGAGAGUCAGAGAUUCAGCAGCACAUUUACUGAAUUUACCAAACCUGAUUUUACCAGCAUUUUUUAAGAUCCUCUGUGAACAAUUGGGGAAGCUACUUUGAAAGCUUUGCAAGGUGAUUCACUGUGAAAGAAGUUGACCCAGAGGAGUGCUACUGUAGGGUGAAAUUAAGUUUGGUUAACUAAAGCUACUCAGAAAAUGUAAUUCAAACUACUUUGUAAAAUAUUAUCUCACAAUGUACAUGUGAUACAAAAUAUACAGUAACAAAAAUGUCAAGUCAGCAAAAAAUGACACUAAGCUGAGUUUAUUAUGCGAGACCUAAACCUGUCCUAAAUAAAACAAUCCCAUCUGGGGUUUUGACAAGGACAAAACAGCAGGAAGUGUUAUAUUUUUAUGUAAACUAAACUGGGUUUUUUAAUCAUCUGGAACAGUAAAGAAAAAAUAUUUAACUUGCACCUUGUUGGACAGUAUGAACACUGGUCUAAACAAUGGGCCUAUCUUUUUACUUGUUGGGGCAGAAUCUCUUGUUUAUAAAAUGCAUGAGCAAUCUCUCAAAGCUCUUAUCCAUAGGCCAUUCUGUUUGGCUCUGAAAAUGUCCUUGCCAAUGCUGAAAAGCUGCUCGCAUGCAGCAUGUCAAAAAUAAAAAAAUAUUCCUUUUUAUGGCCUAAAAUCAUUUGUAGUUGCGGCAUACAAAAAUGGCAAAAAGUAAUAGAACUACUUGACAUCACUACAAAUAUGAAUGUAGUUCAACACCCAGUAAACUAUUGCAAAACAAACUACUAGUUUAGUUUACUGCUUCCCGACACUGGGUGUGAAUUUCCCAGCUUGCCUGAGGUACAGAUGACAUUUUAGGCAAUAGAAGAUAGUUCAAAUGUCAAAUCUCAUUUUACUGUUAUACAAAGGAAAUAAACCAGAAGCCUGGCUGACUUCCUUCAAGUAAAGUCCCUCUGUUUGUUUAUAGAAUUUCUAUGGAAAUGGAGGAUUCACUGUUAAAGGAAGUUCAUUGGGACAGACACAUUUUUUCAGUUCCUUCAAUCAUAUGUGUCAUAGCUGGCAAGAAAAAGUGUAAUACAUGAAGCAUGACAACGUUGGUUUCUGAUUCAGACAUCUCAUAGCACCUCAGCUUCAUUAAGGAAGCGGCUGUAACAAAGAACAAGAAGAGAGUAACAUGUCAAGACAAAACGCAUAGUGAUUGUAAUAAAGACAAAGCACUCAAACAUACAUUCCUGUCACUUGUUUUUCCCACAACAAAGCCUCUUCCAGCUUUAUUUGUAUUUAAAACCUAUGGACCAUAUAAAGGUAGUUGUAAGAAUAUAAUUGGGUGCUUUACUUUAGCUUACAUUUGUCUAUUUUUAGUUAAUUAAAAAUGAAAAUUAAAACAUUUGCAUGCAAUUAUCUUCAUGUGUCCUACUGAGACUGCAAGACCGCUUCGUCACUAAAUCUGGUUUUGUUCCUUUUUGUGUUCAGAUUUGUUUUCACUUUCACAAAACUGAAGUUUCAAUAAAACAAAAAACUUUUUUGCAAAGGUUUUGUAAAUAGCAAUCAAUAAUCCUGCUUAAUAAAGAGGUAAAGAGUUUCUUUGUGAGACACAUAUGAAGGAGUUAAAAAAAUACAAACCACAGAAAACACAAUUGAGCUGAGUUAACUGAGAUGAAAGUUGUGUUUCCAGCACUCAGACAGAAAAACGGCCUGAUCUGAAAUAUUUCAGUGGCAACAUUUCUGAUAAACAACAAACAUUCCAUUUAUUGAGAGAAGAGUGAACUGAUGGUCAGUUGUGGGCAUGGCAUGAGUGACUGUACUGACUGCUUGUUGUGUGUCUCAAGAUGCAAGAAUUGUGCAUCUUUCCUUUGUCUUUGAGAUUUUUAAAUUACUUGGUGUAUGACAGCAAGAAUAGGUUUUUAUUGUCUUCCCCGUUAAGUCAGAAGACGACAGAUGUAAUCAGUCUUAUAAAUUGUAUCUAUGUAGCUUUGUAAAGUCAGAGAUUAACCUGCACUACUACUUUAGCUUUAAUAGCACAACCCAGUCUGAUUUUAUAUCCUUACACUAUAUGAAAAAAAUGUAUGCAAACAAAUUAACAUUAUACCACAGGAAUUAAUAUGCUGCUCUAACAGCCUCCACGCUUUCCACCAGAUUUAGACUUUAAAUUAAGGGGUGCUGAAUGGGGUUGAGGUCAGAGCUCUGUGCAAGUCAAAGCCCCUGCCAAACUGGUAAAACAGUUUCUUUAUGGCCCUGGAUUUGUGUACAGAGGCAUUGUCAUGUAGAAACAGGAAAGCGCCUUCCCCAAACAGCCACUGCAAAGUUGGAAAUACACUAUUGUUUAAAAUCUCAUCAGAUGUUGUAGCAUUAAAAGAGAACUCCACCUCCACAUGGAGGUCGGUUUACUCGUCAUGGGGAGUCUAUUCUUGUGUCUCUGAAGGAACUUUGUUGGGUCUCAGAAGAGAAAACCCUGAUGGUGUCAUUAGGGGUUUAAAAGAUAUGGGUUUUUACCAGCUGUGACAAAAACAAGCUAUCAUAUUGCAACAUGGGAAGUGUAGGAUCUGGUGUCGGUUAUCUGCUCUGCAUCCUCUGCCUCAUUAUGACCAUUCAUUUUUAAUCUGUCUCUUGACAGUCUUUAUGAAACUGCAGUGAAAUGCCUCUUUACAGUUUCCCAUAUCUGGAAAUAGAGGCUUUAGCCAAACCAUGAACAGCUCCAGCUGAACACAGCUGAAUACACAAAAGUGUACAGGCAGAGGUGUUCACAUACCUUUUGGCCUUAUAGUGUAUAGAGAUGGGUAAUGAUUUUUGAAGAUUCGAAUAGGUAUUACAUUUUUAAAAAUCGAAUAUUUCAUGCAAUUAUGGUUUUGUCUUUAAAAACAAAGAGCCACUGUGUCUAGAAAGAACUCAGUGUGUCU